ACGAUAAACACAAUCGAAAAGUCGUCUGCAUAUGAAUAAGUGUUUUUAAUCAUUAUUACGCUUUAAUAAUGAGUUUCAAUAAUAAAGUUGUUCUUGUGACUGGAGCUAGUAAAGGCAUCGGAGCUGCUAUAUCUAUUAAAUUUAGCACAGAAAAGGCUAGUGUGAUACUUAUUAGCAGGAAUGAAGAAAAAUUGCAAGAGGUGGCCCAAAAAUGCAAGGAUGUUGGAGGUAAUCCCUUAGUUGUAGCAGCAGAUCUCACAGUAGAUGAUGACGUUGAAAGAGCUAUUAAAACAUCAAUUGAACAUUUCGGAAGACUAGAUGUGCUGAUUAAUAAUGCAGGGUUUGCUGCCUCAGAAAGUAUACUUUCAAAGAACGCGUUAAAGGUAUUUGAUAAUAUAAUGGCACUUAAUCUUCGUGCACAUGUAUUAGUGACACAUCUAACAGCACCAUAUUUGAUUGAUACAAAAGGAUGUAUAAUCAACAUAUCGAGUAUUGCAUCAACAGGCAUUUGUUUUAGAAUUAAUUCGCAAUAUUCUACGUCUAAAGCCGGCUUAGAUGCGUUUACAAGAUCUAUUGCUAUUGAAUUAGCCCCGUACGGAGUGCGAGUUAAUUCUGUGAACCCUGGACCGGUGAAAUCUGAAUUUAUGGAACGUAUGGGUUUAAAUGAAGAACAAAAAAAACAACUUUGGGAUACGCUAGUGAAAGGCACAGCGUUGAAUAAUAUAAUAGAACCAUGUGAAGUGGGUGAUUUAGUGUUAUUUUUGUCAAGUGAUAAAGCAAAAAGUAUAACAGGUUCAUCGUAUGUGAUUGAUAGUGGGGUUUUAUUAAAAGGUAUGAUAGAUGCUUAGACUACGUUCGAGUUUGACUAUUAAGUAUAUAG